ACUUACUUUUGGGGCAAUUUGGGGGUGGCCACUUUUAUGAAUGUACCCUACACUCCUCCAUCUUUUAUCCGGUGGUUGACAUUGGCCCGUGAGGGGGAACCGGGUGUAGGCGGUCAACGGAGGGAAGGGUGACCGGGGGUAGCCGGUGGCCCAUGAGGUCCAAAUCUGCAUUUGUCUUUUUUUUUUUAAUUAUUAUUUUUUUAAAUUCAUGGUUGGCUUGUGAGGAAAGAGAGAGAAUCUGGGUGGUGCCAGCCAUGAAAUUGAAGGAUCAAAGCUUUCUCUCAGGUCAAUGCUGGCAUUUUAUUUUUAGGGUUUCUCUCGCUCUCUCUCUCUCUCUCACCAGCUUCCUUAUAAACCCUCUAAUUUUCGCAGAUUUAAGUCUCCAUAGUCUAUCUCUCUCUCUCCUCUCUGGUUCCUGUUCUGUGUCGUCUGAGAUUAAUUGAUGAUAUAAAGAGGUAGAGAGGGGCGGCCGGGCGGGGGAGGGGAGAGAGAGAGAGAGGUUGUUUAUGAUUGAUUGCUCUGCAACUACAACAAUGGCGAGUUCUCCAUCUCGUGUUAGUGGGGAGAAGAAGCACUGGUGGCUCAGGAACAGGAAGAUUGUGGAUAAAUACAUAAAGGACGCGCGGGCUUUGAUCGCGACUCAGGAGCAGAGCGACGUCGCGUCAGCCCUGAACCUUCUCGACGCGGCGCUCGCGCUCUCCCCGCGAUUCGAACCGGCUCUGGAGCUCAAAGCCCGGUCUCUUCUCCAUCUCCGACGGUUCAAGGACGUCGCCGACAUGCUCCAGGACUACAUCCCCAGCCUGAGAAUCACCGCCGCCUCCGCCGACGACAGCUCCUCCGACAACUCCUCCCAGCAACUCUCCAGAGACCGAGUCAAGCUUCUCUCCUCCGGCGAGUCGCUGGUUCGCAAUUCCUACGUCAAAUGCUUCUCGGUUUCCGACCUGAAGAAAAAAGUCAUGGCCGGGCUCUGUAAAAACUGCGACAAAGAAGGACAAUGGAGGUACUUGGUUCUGGGUCAAGCUUGCUGCCACCUGGGUCUAAUGGAGGACGCCAUGGUUCUGCUCCAGACCGGGAAACGCCUCGCCACGGCAGCGCUCCGCCGAGAAAGCAUCUGCUGGUCCGACGACAGCUUCUCGCUGUCUAAUUUCCAAGACUCCGGCGACAUCGCCGCCGCGAACUACCCUCCCGGCACCCCUCCCCGCUCGAACUCUGAGAACCUCUCCCAGCUCCUUAGCCACAUCAAGCUCCUCAUCCGCCGCCGCACCGCGGCGGUCGCCGCCCUCGACGCCGGCCUCCACUCUGAAGCCAUCCGCCACUUCACGAAAAUCGUCGAGGGCCGCCGCGGCGCCCCUCGAGCCUUCCUCGCCGAAUGCUACAUGCACCGAGCGUCGGCGUAUCGGUCCGCCGGCCGAAUCGCGGAGUCAAUCGCCGACUGCAAUCGGACUCUGGCCCUCGAACCCAGCUGCAUUCAAGCUCUCAGCACCAGAGCUUCCCUUCUCGAAACCAUUCGGUGCUUGCCGGAUUCUUUGCACGAUCUCGAACACUUGAAGCUUCUCUACAAUUCGAUUCUGCGCGAUCGGAAGCUUCCCGGUCCAGCGUGGAAGCGUCACAACGUCACAUACAGAGAAAUACCGGGAAAGCUCUGUGCCUUAACCACGAAAAUUCAAGAAUUGAAGCAGAGGGUGGCUUCGGGGGAGACAGGGAACGUGGAUUACUACUCUUUGAUCGGCUUGAGACGAGGUUGUUCGAGAUCGGAGUUAGAAAGAGCCCAUUUGUUGCUCUGUCUGCGGCACAAACCGGAGAAGGCCAUGGGCUUUUUGGAUCGCUGCGAGCUCGCCGAUGACCGCGAUCUGGAUUCGGUUAAGGACAGAGCAAAGAUGUCGUCUCUUUUGCUUUACAGAUUGAUUCAGAAGGGGUAUUCGAGCGUGAUGGGCACGAUAAUGGAGGAAGAAGCCGCCGAGAAACAGAGGAAGAAGGCGGCGGCCGCCCUGCAAGCAGCUCAAACGAUCCAAGCACAGCAGAUUCAAGAACCCAAACCGGAGCCAGAACGGAAUGUACCCAUUAAUCCGCCGGAGACCAAAACGACGGGGAGUUCGAAUUCGGGUUCAUCAGUUUUCCAAGGGGUGUUCUGCCGCGACCUUGCGGCUGUGAGUAGUCUGCUAUCUCAGGUUGGGUUCAACCGACCAUUGCCGUUGAAGUACGAGGCUUUGAGCUGCUAAUAUUGGCCGGAAAAUUAGAACUUCGUGUACCUUGGAUGCUGUCGACGGCCAAUUCCGGCACUGCGGCAGGGGAAUCGAAUCUCCUGAUUCAUUUUCUCCUGUGUACAAAAGAAAAAAAGAAAAUUUUACGGACUGCCGGAAAAUUUUGUCACCUUUUCUUUCUUUCUGCUAUAUCUUCCCUUCCUACCGUACAUGUACAGAGUUCAGUACCGAAUUUUUCAACAAUUUGGACUUUUGCUAAGCUUAUUAUUGAAAUUUCCAUUUUAUUA